AUGGAGUCAGAAUCACGUUACCAGCCACUACUACUUGGUCUUGACUCACACUCCCACAUUCCAGACUUGUCAUCAGAUACCAUUGAAGAAUUCUUGAAACAAAGCUCCAUUGAGUUGAGAUGGUGGCCCCAACUUGUUGCUUGGGAGUCAAGGCUCUUGUGGCUCCUCUCUUGGGCUUCCAUUGUUGUCUCCAUUUUCAAUUACAUGCUGAGCUUUGUGACCCUCAUGUUUAGUGGCCAUUUGGGGUCUCUAGAGCUUGCUGGGGCAUCCAUUGCUAUUGUUGGAAUUCAGGGUCUUGCUUAUGGGAUUAUGUUGGGAAUGGCAAGUGCAGUGCAAACUGUGUGUGGGCAAGCAUAUGGGGCAAAAAAGUAUUCAGCAAUGAGCAUCACAUUGCAAAGAGCAAUCAUCCUACACUUGGGAGCAGCAGUGAUUCUCACCUUUCCCUUUUGGUUCUCAGGAUCAUUCCUCAAAGUCAUAGGGCAAUCAGAGAGCAUAGCAGAGCAGGGUCAAGUUUUUGCACGCGGAAUCAUUCUUCAGCUCUAUGCAUUUGCACUAUCAUGCCCUAUGCAGAGGUUCCUCCAAGCACAGAACAUUGUGAACCCUCUUGCAUUUAUGUCAGUUGGAGUGUUCCUUCUGCAUGUGGUUCUCACUUGGUUGGUUGUCUUUGUUUUGGAGUAUGGACUUCUUGGAGCUGCCCUUACUCUCAGCUUCUCUUGGUGGCUUCUUGUGUUGUUAAAUGGGAUGUACAUUGUUCUUAGCCCAAGAUGUAAGCAAACUUGGGUUGGCUUUAGUGUGAAAGCAUUCAAAGGAAUUUGGCCUUACUUCAAGCUCACAGUUGCUUCUGCUGUGAUGUUGUGUUUGGAGAUAUGGUACAAUCAGGGACAAAUACUUAUAGCUGGGUUGCUUUCCAAUCCCACAGUCUCAGUGGACACUAUUUCCAUUUGUAUGAAUUACUUCAACUGGGACCUGCAAUUUAUGUUGGGUCUAAGUGCCGCAGCCAGUGUCCGAGUCAGCAAUGAAUUAGGGGCAGCUCAUACAAGAGUAGCAAAAUUUUCUGUCAUUGUAGUGAAUGUAAUCAGCAUUCUCAUCAGUAUAUUUUUCUGUGCAAUUAUUUUGAUAUUGCGGGUACCUUUGAGUAUGCUUUUCACUUCUGACUCUGAAGUCAUUGAGGAGGUAUCUAGUUUGACUCCACUGCUUGCUAUCUCAGUUUUCCUAAAUUUCAUUCAACCAAUAUUGUCAGGAGUUGCAAUUGGAAGUGGAUGGCAAGGUGUAGUGGCUUAUGUAAACUUGGCUUCUUUCUAUGUCAUUGGUCUUACUAUUGGAUGUGUUCUUGGCUUUAAAACAACUCUUGGAGUAGCAGGUCUCUGGUGGGGGAUGAUCCUUGCUGUUCUUGUGCAAACAGCAACUCUAAUAAUUCUGACUGCAAGAACAAAUUGGAAUGCAGAGGUUGAAAAAGCUGUUGCUCGCAUCAAAAGAUCAGCUGAAGAUGAGACCCUAAAUCGCUUCAUUGCCAACGAAUAAGAUUUUUUUUUUCUUCUUC